CUCUUUACACACCUUGGUCUGAGAUAAAACGAACAUGGCUGCAAUAUGGAUUCCAAUAUUAGCUUUGUUCUCACUUGUAUUCGUCUCACAUAAUGUAUUUGCUUGUGAUGACGUCAGCACAUCCGCCUGUCAGAAGUUUGCCGCACAGAACCCAGCGAUGUGUGACUACGGGAGUUGCUACGCCACUUUAUGUCCUAGAACCUGUCAGAAAUGUGCGUCUGUAACAUGCUACUCGUGUAGAGCUGUGGCUCGACCUGAAAACUGCAACACAACAAUAGAGUGUCCGAGCAAGGAUUUCAAAUGUAUCUUGGCAAAGUCUUACACAGACGACUUUAGAGAAGUAUUUGGACUUGGAUGUGCUUUAGGAAAUGUGUGCGACAGUGCAGACAACAAUACGAUAUGUUGCUCCACUGACUUAUGCAACAACAACAAGACCCAGCCAACAACAACAACAACAGCAGCCAGGAAGUUUCCUAUCAGAAGAGGAAACAAAGACAAAGUUGUGAGACAGACCGCUGCCUCUUGUACAGACAUUCACGACGACGCUUGUCGAGACCUUCUGUCCUCAGAUGCCAGCAUAUGUGACACAGCUUGUGCCAAAUCACUUUGCCCUCUGACAUGCGGCGCCUGCAAACAGUGCUAUGACUGUGACUACGUUUCUGAUUCCAGUCAGUGUAAUUCCACACGUGUGUGUCAACAAGGAGAGCAUUGUUAUGGGAUAGAAACAAUCAAUACUUACCACGAACACGGUUUUCGACUUGGAUGCGCACCAGACAUUCUAUGCAACAAAUUAACGUCAAUGGCGGUGAGCACGUUUGGACGUAAGCGGGCUUUGGCAGGUGGGUGUUGUGAUGGUAACCUAUGUAACGAUCAUCUCAAGGCCGUGACAACCACACCAACUACAACAACCACGACAACAACUACUACAACCAAUGAUCCAUUAUGUCAGUGCACAGGAACGUUUUAUUAUCAAGUGAACAACGAGUGCUAUUUUAUCUCCGGCACUGAAGGAACAAGGCAAAACGGAAAGGAUUACUGUAACAUUCAUUGCGGACAGCUAGCAACCUUUACGGACCCCUCCAAAUUAUCAGCUGUGACAACUCACUACUACAAUUUGUUCCGUUAUUCCCUAGAUCCACACUCCGAUCAUCAUAAGUAUCAUCAUCAUUACGACCACGUGUUUGUGGACGCUGUGAAAUACCACAAAAGUCACACACACCCUACAUACAUCUGGGAGUCCACUGGAAGGACAGUCUCGUCAAGUUUCCUUAACUUGCAUAACGUGAACAGCACAUACAGUGAUAUGUGUGCUGUCACGUCCAGUUUGCACUCAAAUACCAUUCAGGCUGAGGAUUGCUCUGAUUCUCAUUAUGCUCUAUGUCAACUAAGGAAGCAAUAAACCCAUUUAAUUGUU